CUCUCUCUCCCUCUGAUCUCUGCCCCUCCCUCUUCUUUUCUCGCCUUCUUUUGGCGGAGAGCGAGAGCUGCAGGCAGGUCCCCCCAAAAGAGUUCUGCAUCCUUUGGUGUUCUCUGAACCUUCUUUACCUGUCCUCAAAUGGCCGCCUCCUCCUCAUCCCCCUCCCCGUCCUCACACCCCCCCUAGCCCCACAUCCCACUCUCCCUACCUGCCACCUCUGCCCGGCUUCUUGGUUCUUUGCUCCACGAGAGGACCACGCGAUGGAGGCCAGGGCGGCGUCGGCGGCAGGCGCGAGGGCCGUGGCGGCGCUCCUCGUCGCCGCACUCUUGCUCGGCACCCCCGUCUCCGCCUCGGCCGCGUCCUCGUACCCCGCAAAGGUCCUGGGCGGGCUCCUGACCAGCACGGCGACGGCGGUGGCGAAGAAGCUCUGGUCGCUCAAAUCGACCGCCAGGACGGCGACGACGGCGGCGGCGUCCGGGAGGUCGAUGGUGAAGUACGAGGGCGGGUACGCGGUGGAGACGGUGUUCGACGGAAGCAGCCUGGGGAUCGAGCCGCACUCCGUCGAGGUCACCCCCGCCGGCGACCUGCUCCUGCUUGACUCCAUGAACAGCAACCUCUACAGGGUCCAGCUGCCCUUGUCCCGAUAUAGCAGGCCAAAGCUUGUGGCCGGUUCGCUUGAAGGAUUAUCUGGUCAUGUUGACGGGAGGCUCCGGGAGGCCAAGAUGAACCACCCUAAGGGAUUUACAGUCGAUGACAGGGGCAACAUUUAUGUUGCAGACGCUAUGAACAUGGCAAUAAGAAAGAUCAGUGAUACAGGGGUCACAACCAUUGCUGGGGGGAAAUCAAUGAGAGGUGGACACAUGGAUGGACCAAGCGACGAUGCAAAAUUUUCAACCGAUUUUGAAAUCCGCUAUAUCGGCAGUAGCUGCUCCCUCUUGGUCAUCGACAGAGGAAACCAAGCGAUUCGCGAGAUUCCGCUCCAGCCUGAUGACUGUGAAUAUCAGGAUGAAGCUGGUUUCCCUCUAGGUGUUGCCUUGCUUUUUGCUGCUGGUUUCUUUGGUUACAUGCUUGCGUUGCUCCAGCGCCGUGUUUUAGGAAUGGUAUCAGCAACAGAGGAACCUCAGACGCCUCCAAGACCAAGCAAUGCAAGCAUCCCUCCAUACCAACCAUACCAACAGCCAUUCAAGCCUUCGUUUCGCCCGCCGCUGAUCCCAAAUGAAGACGAAGCUGGGAAGCAUGAAGCUGAAGAGGGAUUCUUCACCUCAGUGGGCAAGCUCAUGGGAGGAGCAAAAUCAUCCGUGGCAGACAUGUUUUCCCGAAAGAAGCGCCCCGCGAGACAGCAUCAUCAGCACCACCAGCAGAGAAGAGCCAACCCUUGGCCGGUGCAAGAUAGCUACGCCAUCCCGCACGAGGAAACGCCUCCGCCGCUCGACUCGAGAGGACCGACCCCUCAGAAGAACUACGGCUUCAUGACGACGGAGCCUGAGAAGGCUCACCACCUCCGGCACGGGCAGCCUUAUCUCGGCGGCUGGGAUGCACGCGGCCCUCAACAACAGCAACAAGUGUAUCCCCAUCACCAGCAGCAGCAGCAGCAGCAGCAGCACAGACAGCAGUUGGAGCAGCAGGUGUACCGGCAGCAGCAGCAGCAGCACAGGCAGCCGCCGGAGCAGCAGGCGUACCACCUGCAGCAGCACCAGCAGAGGAGGCAGCCGGAGCAGCAGAUGUACCAGCUGCAGCAGCACAGGCAGUACUCGUCCGGGCCGCAGACUUUCUAUGAGCAGAGCUGCGAGACGACGAAUGAGGUGGUGUUCGGCGCGGUGCAGGAGGUGGACAGCAAGCGGCGCAUGGUGGAGAUCAAGGCCGUCAACUACGGCGACACCUUCUACGAGCAGUACGGGAUGCGCUACCGCAACAACUACAUCGGCUACAACAGCAACAACUACUGACAGAUCGAGAAAUGGAAGGCAAUGGGAGAAAAAUGGAAGAAGAGGUAGUAGGAAUUAGUAGUCUCCCAUGUCUUGCUUAGAUUGUGCAAUGGAAGCGCUGAGGUUUUGGUAGUGUACCCUGAUGAAUGAUGAUCACAGAUUUCUGGCCUAACUUUUUGUAUGUAUAGCGCUCUAGUCUCAGCUGCUGUGACGAGUACAAUUCAAUUGCAUACUUUUCGGCCA